UCUGAGUUCCCAUGUGUCUUGAAGGCUGCAUUAUACCACAGAACAAUGGGACAGAUAUUAAACCGGAUGUAUAAAAUUCUCUAACGAAAAUAUGCAAAUAUAUGCUACCUCCUCACAUGUUCUUCCCACCAUGAUUCAUUUUCUCCCAUUGGAAACGACAGGCUCUGGUCUAUCUUGGGUUAGUGAUACGUUCCUACAUUCAUUGCCCAACAUGAUUCCUAUCUCCUCCUCUCUCUAACAUCUCUGGGGUGGAUCGCUGUGCCCGUAUAAAUAAAACGGAUAGACAGGUCUGCUUGCAAAAGAGGGUCCUUCCCGACUCAACUCUGGGUGGGGUGACGGUUCUAUUAAUUUAUAUUCUGUAUCAAAGAAGCACAACAACGUCUGUGAGGAUGAUGUGAUGGGACAACACCAACCAGGGCAGGUGAAAACCGUAAAUGUACGGGCUGAUUCAACUACAGCUAAUUUAUAAACAUAUAAAAGGGAAGAUCAUUUUUAGAUAUAUUAGUGGUUUGCCGAAGGCUACUUGUAUGUAUUUGUUUUAACCAGCUAAUCUAACGUAAUGGCGACCGAGUGCACUCAAGAAGCGGUCGUACAAUUUCUGACCGAGCGAGGAGGGAGAGUGAAAAAACAGGAAUUCAUUGACUAUUUCAAAGCUGUUUUCCCGGAAGACCCUGACCAGAAAGCAAUUGUUCGGGAGAAAUUCAAGGGAUACGUGGACAACGUCGCAUUUGUAAAGUUGGAGAAUGGAGUGAAAUGUGUUUGUUUAAAAAACAAGUAUCGAGUGGAAAAAGACAGCGCGUGCAAUGGCAACGAAACAGGCACCUUUUUGGAACAAGAUAGCAGCACCCCUGUCCUAUCAAAAUCAUAUAAGAACUUGAUAGAAGAUUGUGCACCACAACUGCAUCUGUCAGCAUCUUCUGCUGGGGGUGUGCGCUCUUGUGAAACCACUGCAAACGAGGAGGCACAACAAGAAAUUUCACCUGGCUCGGGUUACGGAACUGACAAUGCCGCAGGAGUGAGACCGCCUGACAUUUCAGGAAUUAUAUUGGAAGGUAACAUUUUAGAAAGAGCUGCGUCAACAAGGUCUGUAGUUCAGAAUAAUAGUUUACCAGACAUUAUGGGAAAUGCGUUAGGCCUUGGUGGCAAUGGAGAGCAGAAAUUGACCAAGGAGGACCUUCAGACAUUGCAACCGCACGACAUACCGCAAAUUGCAGUGAUUGAGACGUCACCUUUACCUACAGCCGCGGAUGGCUCUAUGUUCCACUUACCCGGACGUCAAUUCCCAACUAAUGCACAGGACAGCCUGCAGUCCAGUCACCCUUCAUCAGAGGACGGGGCAGACGAAGGCCAUAAUUAUGAUUCGCUACUAAGCAAAUCGGGGAGUGACAGCAACACACCUAAAAGUAGCCAUAACAACUUUAUUGAGCUCAUGAUGAACAGCUCCCCCCAGGUGCGACGCAGCAUGGUGUUGAGGAACUCCGUCUACCUGUCUACAAAGUACAGGGACUGUGCCCGGAGCGACAGUGACUCUGCCUCUGUGGUUUCUUCUACUACAGACGAAGACAGAGCUUCAGUCACUCUGGACCCGUUGGAACACGAAUGGAUGAUGUGUGCAUCCGACGGCCAAUGGGAGAGUCUCCACCGCCUCCUUUCCUGUGAACCGAACCUUGCCAUGAAGAAAGAUUUUGUGACUGGGUUCACCUGCCUGCACUGGGCUGCCAAGCAAGGCAAACAAGAACUGCUGGCACUUAUCGUGAACUUUGCCAAAAAACACAAGGUACCCAUCAACAUCAAUGCCCGGUCAAGUGCCGGCUACACACCACUACAUCUAGCAGCAAUGCACAACCAUGUUGAAGUGGUGAAGUUACUGGUAGGAGCCUAUGACGCAGACGUAGAGGCCAGAGAUUACAAUGGGAAAAGGGCGUGUCAGUAUCUUACGAACAGUGUGGCUGUUGAUAUCCGUGACAUCAUCGGGGCGGGUAGUGGCGCUGACUCGGACUCAGAGAACACAGACGAUGGGGGGCAUUGGCGGUUGUCUAAAGUUCUCCAGUCUAAUCUGAUGCCCCUCAAACUGCACAAUCACAGUGAGGAGGACACAGGUGAUGGAGCAGGGCAGGCCAGACAGAAACCCUUGCGAAGGAAAUCAUCCCUUAGCAAGAUGAGGCCCAAACUUCAGAAGAUCCGCUUCAGAUCUUCGCAGAUAGUUCACAGCACUUCGUUCCCAGCACACUGUGAGACAGAGGAGCUUAACGGGUCCAGGAAAAGCUCAUUUAAAUCCAGACCCAUGUCAAAUCUGUUUGGCUGAAGAAUAGCCUCUAAGUACACUCGACAAAGAGCAAAUCAACUACUACAGUGCAGAAUGACUGACACAAUGCAGUAUAGUCUGAUGUUACAAGUUUUUUUUUUUUUGUGGCAUAGGCCAAGUCUGGUGUUACACAUACUUAAGGGUUUUUACCCCAGGCAUUAUAUGAAUAUGCUGAACUAACAGAGUACGGUAUUACAUGAUCUAUUGAGUAACUGGCCAGAUUGCUACCCCUGGUUAGGCUAAAUAUUUCUGUCUUAAUCCUCUUAUCAUGCCGAAGUAGCCAAGGAGGUUUUACAGUUCGUCUGCUUUAACCCUUAACGUACAUGAUAAGCUGCCUGCAACCAACUGGGCAAAGAUGUCAGUUCAAUGUCUAGUUUUGAUUUACAUUUCGUUGAGUUUUUAACUAAUGUGAAUUCAAUGUGAAAUCGACAAAAAAUGUUAUUGGAUUUGGGUUAGAAUUUGGGUGAUUUUAAAAAUAUAUUUUUUUAAAUAUGAAAUUAUCUUCCAUUGAAGAUCAGAACCAAGGAGAUCAGAACCAAGGAGAUCAGAACCAAGGAGAUCAGAACCAAAAAUACUUUUUUUCAUAUCCAAUCAGUUUCCCACGUUGAUUUGACGUCUUCAUAUUACAUUUUUUGGGGUUGAAAUGGCAUGGAAACAAGGUUGACUCAACCUGUUUUUGCCAAGUGGGAAGUGUUUAAACUUCCAAGUUAUUUGACCACAUGGUAGAAACGAUGUAAUUGAUUUCACAAUGCUUGGGAGCAAUUCUAUCUUAUUACUGUCAGACUGUUAGUGAUGCUAUGAAUUUAUUCUCCCUAUUUAAGUUGCUUUAAGCACUUUGAUUUGAAACCGUUAUUGAUCCAGCUUUCCUGAGGUGGAUGCCAUUCAGUCCGGCUGAAAGACCUGAGAUGGGGAAUUUACUUCCUCUUUGUUUUCAAGUGGAGGAUUGGAGGCCAAUGAAAAGGCCUCUGGUCCUUUAAGUCUGUAAUCGGGAUCAGUAGAGGAGCCUUCUGUGUCACAAGGUCCGCUUUUUGUUGAGCGUAUGGUAGGCCUGCGGUGUGUAGUGCUAUGAUGAAAGAUCAGGUUUCAUAACUAUUCACAGUCCACCUUGAAUUAUGCUAUGCAGUUAUACUCACUUUAUGACCCUCUGAUCAUAGCUCCUUAUUAUGAGUUGUCUAAGGCUGCAGUUGUCUGGUGUUAAGUUGUAGGCUACCCUCUGAUCUGUUAUGCACCAGUGGUUUUCUAUCAACAGGCUCCAGCUUGCUGACCCAGGAGAGCCUCUACACACAAUAAUAAGAAUGUGAAAACAUGUUUUUAGAAAUGUUUGCAAAUAUAUUGAAAAUUAAAUGCAUAAAUAUCUCAAUGACAAAAGUAUUCACACCCCUGGGUCAAUACUUUGUAGAAGCACCUUUGGAUGCGUUUACAGCUGUGAGUCUUUCUGGAUAAAUCUCUAAAGAGCUUUCCACACCUGG